GCAAAAGGAAUGCCAGGACCCUGCCCAGACAGACGUGGGCCAGCCUCAGCACCGACAGCCCGCUCUCAGAUAGCAGAGCCGUCCGCAGGCCUUGGGUACAGUACCCAGAGCCACCCGUGAGUCCUGCCUCGUCCUCAUGGCCUGCCUGAGCCCCUCACAGCUCCAGAAGUUUCGGGAGGAUGGAUUCCUGGUGCUGGAAGGAUUCUUGUCUGCAGACGAGUGUGUGGCCAUGCAACGGAGGAUUGGCGAGAUGGUGGCCGAGAUGAAUGUCCCUCUCCACUGUCGCACAGAAUUUUCCACCCAGGAGGAGGAGCAGCUGCGAGCCCAGGGUAGCACAGACUAUUUCUUAAGCAGCGGCGACAAGAUUCGAUUCUUCUUUGAGAAAGGCGUCUUUGAUAAGAAAGGAAAUUUCCUGGUCCCUCCAGAGAAAUCUAUCAACAAAAUUGGCCAUGCUCUGCACGCCCAUGACUCUGUCUUCAGGUGUGUCACACACUCCCCCAAGGUGCAGGCUUUGGCCAGAAGUCUGGGCCUCCAGAUGCCCGUGGUGGUGCAGAGCAUGUAUAUCUUUAAGCAACCUCACUUCGGCGGGGAAGUCUCCCCUCACCAGGACGCCUCCUUCCUGUACACGGAGCCCCUGGGCCGGGUGCUGGGCAUGUGGAUUGCUCUGGAAGACGCCACACUGGAGAACGGCUGCCUCUGGUUCAUCCCUGGCUCCCACAGAGGUGGAGUGUCGAGAAGGAUGGUCCGGGCCCCAGCUGGCUUGGCACCCGGCACCAGCUUCCUCGGGUCUGAGCCAGCCCGGGAUGACAGCCUCUUUGUGCCCACCCCAGUGCGGAGAGGGGCCCUCGUCCUAAUCCACGGAGAAGUGGUGCACAAAAGCGAGCAGAAUCUCUCUGACCGCUCACGCCAGGCCUAUACUUUCCACCUCAUGGAGGCUGCUGGUACCAUCUGGAGCCCAGAUAACUGGCUCCAGCCGACAGCCGAGCUGCCCUUUCCCCCACUGUAUACCUAAAGCCCCUCUCAGAGUGCAGACGCUGUCCCCUCGGGAGAAGCUGUGGGCUGCCAACACCAAUGCCUCGCCCAACUGCCUAGCUGCGACGACGGGGAAGCCGCAUCUCCCCUCCUGGGCUUUCCUUCUGCUGGUGUCUUGCAGACAGGCAGGCACGAGGUGGCUGCGGGGCAGCAGAAGCCCGGGCCGGAUGCCUUUCCUGAGAUCCGUCUCUGCCUCAACCUACCCCAACACAAUCUCCCGUUAGAGGCAGCUGCACAGCCACAAAAGCGUUCUGGCUGCUUCUCUGCCAGCUUCUCAUUCGUCUCCCCUCUCAGAUGGAACUCCUGGUCAUUAUAGUGCGAGACACUGAAUAAAAAUGACUUCUGACUGCA